UAAAUGCAUCUUACUCUGUUUUGCAGCUCUGCUAUGAAAGGCAUGCAGAAUGUGGGAUAGACUGUUCUUCUGGCCAGAGGGUUGUUUGAGUUCUUUGUGCCAGAUGGAUUGGAUGGAUGAGAUUCACUGGAUAACCCUGUGUCCAUAGAAGGACAGUGCAGGUUGGUGUUGCAGAGACAAAAGCCAGGUUACAUAAUGUAAAUAUAGAGCCUGUGGUGUUCCUUCACAGGCUCAGACAACUUGCAAGUAAACCGGUGCACAUGGCUUUCUCCUUGAUCAUUUAUUAUAAUAUUUUGGGACAAAUUGUAAACAGUGCUACCAAACUUAAUAUACCAGAUGCAGAGAAAUGUACUGAGUAGUUCCUCUUGACAGUAAGCCUUUUACACAUGGCUUGUUUUCUUGAAGCUGAUGCAUUGCGUAACUGUGAGAGGCAGUUUUCAACCUUACUCUCUCUAUCCGCUUUUCUCUGCUCUAUCUCUUUCAAAAGUCAGCUUUUGUACUGUUAGUGUGUGGGUGGGGUGGACAAGGUUGCUUCAGGAAAAUAAGGGGGAUUUUCAAUUAACGCUCAUAGAGGCUAAGGAGAGUGGUGACGAAGGUACGGAGAGAAGAACUGUGAAGACCGCUAACAGACAGUCAGGAUUAUUUUCCACCACUGCAAUCAACAGGUAAACUCGCACCCUAUAAUUUUUUGGCCACAUAUAACCAAACAACACACUUGUUUUAUAUUGUAUAGACUUUACAGGUAGAUUAAAGGUUCUUUGAAUAAUCAUUUUUUAUUUAGACUAGGAGAUUAGAUUUGACCAAGUCAUUCUGCCAUGCUAUUUAGAGUUAAUAUAUUAGGUUUAUGAACACAUGUAUGUUAUAGGCUUUGAAUACUAUAAAAAUAUAUAUUUAAAAUGCACUUGAGGCUGAGGGGAAGUUAUAAAGUUGAAUUCUGCAUUUAACAUGUUUGGUUCCACUGUUGGAAAAUGUAAUAGUGAAGUCCUUGUACAGACAUAUUUGCUGUGGAACAUGACCAUUCGAUGGAAAGUGACGGAAACCUCAGAAACCUUCAAAGCAAUGAAAGAUGAUUCAGAUUACUUCCAGACCUAUCUUAUGAUGGCUAUGAUGAUAGAUACAUUUAAUUUGAACACCUUAAAAAAAAAUAAAGAUUUGGCAAGUUACUCACAUUAGAAUAUGAACCUAAUACUAAAGAUGUGCAGACCCUAGGGUUGUCUUUAGCCAAACAACUAACCAGUGUAAUUGGAUUGGGUGAAUUAGUGAUUUCUGCUCAAAUAAAGGAGGCAUUACGUUUUUCUCUUUUCCCAUUGCAUAAAGCUAUUGAAGAUGCCUCUGGGGAAGGAAUUCAGGAAGAAAGCAGAGGACAUCACAGCAGUGUAUGAUCUGGGAGAGAAGCUAGGAGAGUGAGUGUCUGUUAUAUUUUUGCCACAUAGGAUUAGAUCUACAUGCCUUUUCCACACAGAUAUAAGACUCUUUACUUGGAACUGUACUACCCAGUUAUGUUGCCAUACAAUUCUGUGAGAGCCAUUACCUUGAUGCCUUGAUGCUUACUGAAAUCAUGGCACAUUCUUCCCAUUAUGAAGUAUUACAAUUCUCUAUCAGAGGCCUCUGGAGUUGUCAGAUGGGGAAGCCAUCCCAAUUCAUCGGAUGAAUGAAUAAUUAUCAUCCCAAAAUAAAACAAUGAGAACGAAAGCCUGUAUGAAUGGUUACUAUAACGAUGUGGGUGUGUUUCAGGGGAUCAUUCUCUGAGGUACGCGUGGCUCAGCACCGCCGCACCCUGAAACUUGUAGCAGUCAAGUGUAUCCGCAAGAGGGCGCUAAAGGGCAAAGAAGGCAUGUUGGAGAAUGAGAUAGCAGUGCUACGCAGGUUAGUGUCACCUCUGCACUUAUAGCUAAUACAGAAUAGACAAGAAAACAAUGGUUCAGAGUGUAUCCAUUUUUUCCCCUUCAGAAUCAACCAUCCCAACAUUGUGGCAUUGGAGGAGACCUUCGAGACAUCUACAAAGCUUUAUCUGGUUAUGACUCUGUGGGUGGUGGAAUUUGAAUUUAGAUACCCUGAAAUGAUCUAAUCCAAGAUUAAUUGUUCAUUUCUUAUAUUUUACAAUGCAAUUGAAGGCUUGUUACCACAGUGUUACAGGAGGCGAGUUGCUGGACCGUAUUCUGGAGAAGGGGAGUUACACUGAGAGGGAUGCCAGCCGUGUCAUACAGCAGGUUCUGGAGGCAGUUCAAUACCUCCACCAGCUGGGCAUCGUGCACAGGGACCUGAAGGUACAACUGUCCACUAGCUGUUAGAAAACCACUUAACCUCACUAUAAACAGCAUUGUAGGAUUACUGUUAUAUGUCCCCCAAGUAUCUCAACAUAAAAGAGAAUAGAAUGUAUCUGUGAGAUCACAGGUUAAGGUAGAUGAUCAAUGCGCUCAAUAUAAUUGGGAUCAACACUCAUGUGAUUUGCUUAUAGGUUGGUAGCAGUGUUCAAGUAAUUGAUAGAUACAGCUUAAUUUUCAAUGAUUUAAGGCCUUCUAUUAUUAUCAUUCCAGCCUGAGAACCUACUGUAUCAGACUCCGUCUGAAGAUUCCAAGAUUGUCAUCAGUGACUUUGGCCUGUCCAAGAUGGAGGAGCAGGGGGUGCUCACCACAGCAUGUGGAACCCCUGCGUAUGUGGGUGAGGAUCCCCAAAUACAUACAUCCCCUCUGAAUCCUCAUCAUGUAGAAUUAAAGCAGUUUGAGCCUCAUACAUUAACCUUCUCUUUCAUUUUGUGUGCAGCACCAGAGCUUCUGCAGCAGAAAUCAUAUGGCAAAGAGGUGGACCUAUGGGCUCUGGGGGUGAUCACCUAUAUACUGUGAGUGUAUAGUAAUGGUUAAUUCCUCACAGUUUACUUAAAACAGACAAGUGUGAAAAGUUAUGUUGUGCUAAAAUGAUUUAUUUUUUAUGUUCCAGACUCUGUGGCUACCCUCCGUUUUACGACGAGAGUGAGUCACAUAUGUACAGGCAGAUCAUAAAGGCUGAAUAUGAGUUUGAUUCCCCAUAUUGGGAUGAAAUCUCUAACUCAGGUACAGUAUGACCUUGGUCUAUGAGAGAUCCUUUUAGCUAGCCUGUAUUAGUUCAUUACAUCACAUCUCACACAUAUUUGACACACAGUUAUCACUGUCUUGGCAAUAAUUACUUAUUUUUCUUUGUGCUUUUAAUUUAGCUUUCUUUUUUCUUGAAAUUGUAUGUCCUCCUGAAUGCUGCGUCUCUCUCCACAUUUUUCCGUUCAGCAAAAGAUUUCAUUCCGCGCAUGUUGCAGAAAGAACCAGAGAAGAGGUACAAUUGUGAGCAGGCCUUGAAGCAUCUUUGGUGAGUUUAAAAAUAGAUUAGUAUCUAUGUGUGUAUUCUUUUCUAUAACUCGUUUAGUAAGAAUUCUCAGGACUAUCAGUGCAUGUCUUUGGUCAGCUGAAGUAUAGAAUGAGAUGUUCUAUACACAAUGAAUGGGUACUUUGAUAAAUAGGGAUAUUUUCAAGUAUUUCUAUAGCCUAUUGUAAUGUCCAUGGCAGUUGAGUUUUGAACAUAGAUCACUUGAAUCCAAACAUACAGUAGAUUCUUGAAGCUCAAAAUACAAUAAUUUUCUUUAUCUAUAUUGAUUGCAUAUCACCUUAUGUUUCCUUUAGGAUUUCGAUGAAAAGCAUCCUGUAGGUCUAUCACUAUAUCACAUGUAGUAUACAGUACACAUAGCAUCCCACUGGGCACAGACGUCAGUUCAAUGUCUAGUUUUGAUUUACACUUGGCUGAGUUGUAGUUGUCAACUAACAUGAAUUCAACGUGAAAUCAACAAAACAUGUCACCAUGUCAUUGGAUUUAGGUUAAAAGUUGGGUGAAAUGAUGUGGAAACAGCGUUGAUUCAACCGGUUUUUGCUUAGUGGGCUAUGACUCCAAAGUUCUAUGAUAAUGCUAUUGAUGGCUUGUUGAUUGGUGCUGGGCGUGUUGUUGAAUCAGGAUAUCAGGAGGAGCCGCUCUGGAGAAGAACAUACAUGGAUCCGUCAGUAAGCAGAUCCAGAAGAACUUUGCUAAGAGCCAGUGGAAGGUAAGAUUAGUCCUGCCUGGGCACUGUUUAAAAUAAGUAUUUGACCCCUCUGCAAAACAUUACUUAGUACUUGGUGGCAAAACCCUUGUUGGCAAUCACAGAGGUCAGACGUUUCUUGUAGUUGGCCACCAGGUUUGCACACAUCUCAGGAGGGAUUUUGUCCCACUCCUCUUAGCAGAUCUUUUCCAAGUCAUUAAGGUUUCGAGGCUGACGUUUGGCAACUCGAACCUUCAGCUCCCUCCAAUGAUUUUCUAUGGGAUUAAGGUCUGGAGACUGGCUAGGCCACUCCAGGACCUUAAUGUGCUUCUUCUUGAGCCACUCCUUUGUUGCGUUGGCGAGGUGAGAUCUUGCAUGGAGCCCCAGGCCGAGGGAGAUUGACAGUUCUUUUGUGUUUCUUCAUUUGCGAAUAAUCGCACCAACUGUUGUCACCUUCUCACCAAGCUGCUUGGCGAUGGUCUUGUAGCCCAUUCCAGCCUUGUGUAGGUCUACAAUCUUGUCCCUAACAUCCUUGGAGAGCUCUUUGGUCUUGGCCAUCGUGGAGAGUUUGGAAUCUGAUUGAUUGCUUCUGUGGACAGGUGUCUUUUAUACAGGUAACAAACUGAGAUUAGGAGCACUUCCUUUAAGAGUGUGCUCCUAAUCUCAGCUCGUUACCUGUAUAAAAGACACCUGGGAGCCAGAAAUCUUUCUGAUUGAGAGGGGGUCAAAUACUUAUUUCCCUCAUUAAAAUGCAAAUCAAUUUAUAACAUUUUUGACAUGCGUUUUUCUGGAUUUUUGUUGUUGUUAUUCUGUCUCUCUCUGUUCAAAUAAACCUACCAUUAAAAUUAUAGACUGAUCAUUUCUUUGUCAGUGGGCAAACGUACAAAAUCAGCAGGGGAUCAAAUACUUUUUUCCCUCACUGUAUUUGCCAGCAUGCUCUACUGCAGGUAGAUUUUUUAGAAUACUUUGUUUUUGCAUAUACAUUCAUUGAUUGAUUAAUCUUAUGGUACAUAAAGAUAAAUAACAUACAUUUUUCAAAACGAAUCGAAUCAGUUAGUUAGAUUUUUUGCACCUGUUAUUGAAAUGUUUGUUCCAGUUUAAAUGGCGUAGGUAGUCUCCAUACAAUGUUCCUAACUCUGGCAGUCAUAAGGAAUGCAGGUUGCGGGUUAAUAAAAAUUCCAACUGUUGGAUAUCCAAACUCUGGCUGGAUUCCAAUAGGAAUUACAUAUCACUUUGCAAGCCAGCAUAAUGUGACUUGCAGGUAGGAUUACAAAAUUCUGGUAACAUUCCCAAAUUUCGCAGGUUUUCCAGAAAUCCCGGUUGGAAGAUUCAUGGAAAAGGGAGGGAAUAAGCAGAAUAUUAUUUCUAGUUAGCGGAAUAUUGCAACCCUACUUGCAGGCCUGGUGUGGCCUGUAAACCAUGAGUUUCCUAAUGAGAUAUGUAAUGUAUUGAAAUAAAGAGCUUAAUUUUAAUGAUAACAUACACCUAGGAACUCAUUUUGUGAAGGCCACACGACUGGAAAUGAACAAAUUCAACAACCAUUUCACUAACAAACAGUCAUGGGUGGUAACUCUACAAUUUACUCAACAAAGCAAGGCACACUGGGAAAUUAUAUUGGAUGCGUGGCUCAGUGUUCUAACUGUUCUUUCAGUUAGUUAGUUAUUUUUGGCCACCCAUGAGUGGAAGUGUUGUACCAGUUUAAGUGGUCUAUGGUAGAGGUACAUUUUUGUCACUUACUAGGAACAAAUGGCUUUGUCACUGUGGUAAAAUGUACCUUUUCUAAAAGCAUACUUUUGUACCUGUGGACAAUAUAUUUUCAGAGGGCAUUCAAUGCCACGAUGGUGGUGCGGCACCUCAGUAAGAAGAAACUAGUAGUAGAGGAGGAGGCUAAGGAUAAGGAUAAGGCAGAGUCCACGGCUACACUGCAAGGUGAGGGAUGAAUGGCAUAAAUAGCCCAGUAUCACAAUCCCGCAGCUGACAGACAAUGGUCACAGUAGCUACAGUAACCUGUUUUUCCCCCUCUUGGUUUAGGUUGUACCCUUUAAUCCAUGGGUAGAAGAGAAAUUGCCCAGAAGAAUCCUGUGACAGAUCAGUCUGAGUGGUCAUUUCUGCACUCAAGCGUCUCUGUAUGUGAUAAAUUGCAAAUACAGAAUGCAACUCUCUUUCUGCCAGCAGAGAGCACUCUUAAUUAAGCUUAAGUUCUUAUUUCUGUUGUAAAUUAUUUCACUGUCUGUCAUUCAAAUGUUGCUCAGACUCUGGUUGGGCUCCAUACACUUCAGUAACAAGACUCAUUUGACACAUUAAGUGUAAUUUUGUUGAUAAAUCCAUAUAGGCCUAGUAUGUGUUGACCAUGCAUGGAUGUAAACAUGUUUUCUUGAACGUUAUUAAGUCUCUAUAGACCCUUGUAUUCUUCACCAAUAAAAAUAUGUUAGAAAACACUGUAUUUUUUACUCCC